AGGAAGAGGGCGGACUGGGGACCAGCAGGGGGGCCCGGCUGGUUUUCCACUCCCCAAAAUCCCCUGCCGAGAACCCUGCCAGCCCGGGAUGCGGCCAUCGGACCCGCUUAAAUUGCUCCGCCUCCGCGGCGCCUCUCCCGGCACAGCAAAUGCAGCGCAGGGCGCUUUACUCGCCCGCAGACUUUGCGCGCAGCCUCAACGGGCUGUAAGAGGAGUCAUCUCUCGCGCAACCCAGCCCAGGACAAAAAGAAAGGCAUUUCACUCGAACAGCAGAGAACACGGAUUUCCCUCUUUGCUCCGACCUUUUAUAUCGAAAAUCUCUGCGUUGCUGAUGGGCAGCUCUCGCUCCUGCCCAGCCGGAGAAGGGCCUUGCGAAAAAUAGGUUCGGGAGCUUCCUCGACGUAAACACGCCAGCAUCUCACAGGCCCUCAGGUAGCGCCCGGGGCGCUGCUGGCUUUCUCGCCUGCGGAAGGGCUGGUGGCUCCUCCAGGGCGGGCGGGCGGGCGAGGGGAGAGACUCGGCGACAGGCCCUUCGGGGGCUCGCCUGCUCCGGGGCCGGAGCCGAGAGAGAGGAAGCCCCUUUCCGACGCAGCAGCAGCGGGCACGGAGGCUGCGUGCCACUGAAUGCCAGAGUCUGCAGGCGGGAGUCUAUGCCCGAGUUUGCACCAGGGGCGCCGUGACGCGACAGGAAGCUGCUGCGGACGAAGGUCCCUCCUGCCCGCUCGCUCGCUCUCGCCUGCAAUGCCUGCGAGGAGUUUGCCUUGAGGAGGAGCGCGGGCGAGGAGCCGCCCUGCCGGGAAGGGCCGCCGAGGUCUGGGAUUCAGGGCAGCUCCAGGCUCGACGGGGCAGGACGUUUGCCCAGCAGGAAGCCUCGCGGGUCGAGGAGGGGCAUUUCGGGCGGCACCUGAAAGCCCGCCACAGACUCGCCGCUGGGCAAAUGCCAGGUGCGGGCUGCGCUUUGCCCUGGCAUGCCGCUCAGGUGCCGAGGAAAGCUUCCUUCGUCUGGGCGACGGCAUUAAAAUGCUCACAAGCGAUGCACAGAACAGCCGAGCCAGGCUCUGCCACAAGAGCAGCAGCAGCAUAAAGUCUGGAGAAAUGUGACCGGGAAGUGGAAGAGUCGAGGAGAGCCGCUGUGAAGGCGCAGGAGCAGAGGCGAGGAAAACAGGUGCCUGCCCGCCUUACCUGCUGGCUGGACUUCAGGCAGCCUAAACCUGCGCGUGUUUACCGGGCAGUGAGACUCGCUAGGUGCCGUGAAACAAAUGUUCAGCUAAGUCUGCAGAGAACUGAAGGAUGAGACAACUUGCCUCCCUUCUCCAGCAUCCCCCGCCCCUCUCCCAUCACUCACAAUGUACAGGCGCAUUUUUAGCUGUCAUUGCAAACUUUCGUUUGCCAAUUUCAGUUUUUAAACAUCUUGGCAUCUCGGGCAGAGACCCUGUGGCCAGGGUUAGAAACUCAGGUAUACAGUCAUACCUUGGGUUACAGACGCUUCGGGUUGUGCGUUUUUGGGUUACGGACGCGCCAAAAUCCAGAAGUACUGGAACGGGUUACUUCCGGAUUUUGGCACAUGCGCAGAAGCACUAAGUCGCGCUUUGCACAUGCACAGAAGCGCCAUAUCGCAACCCGCGUGUGCGCAGACACAGCACUGCAGGUUGCAAACAUGCCUCCCGCAAGGAUCACGUUCGCAACCCAAGCGUCCACUGUAUAAGCUCAGUGCCAAAUUGGCUCCUUAAAGCAAGGUUGCGGUUGCCAAAAUGGAACGUUGCCAUUUUGGGGCAAGGUUGCCCCUCCCCCCCCCCCCCCCGCUCCAAUGAUGGACUGAGUAUCAUUUAUUAUCAGUUAAAUAUCUGGGUGGUUCAGAUUACAAACUUGAGCUGGGUUUAGAGUGUCGAGAACUGAAAGAAGAAAAGUCACUUGAUCCAGGGACAGUCCACAUGUCUAUUGGCUUAUUCCUGCCUCACAGGAGGAGACCUGAAGGCAGCUGCAAAUGUCCACCUUCCUCCUGAAAUGUUAGCCAUGCGCUAUACGCUAGUUGAGGUCUGCUGCCGCACACUCACUGACUUCCCUGCAUGGGAAAACAGGAGACUCCUCUUUUGAAACAGUGCCUGUCAUCUGCACUUCUUAGAAGCGAUUGUACUUAAAAUAGAUACUUUAAAAUUAAUUGGGAAUGUCCUUUUAGUUGAGUAAAAGACUCUUCAGAUUGUGCACCUAACCAUUUCGCUGAUUAAAUAUUGCCGCCCUUGUUGCUACUCAUUGACGCAGGACUGGUUCCACAGCAUGUCGCAGGCAUGCUGCUCCUUCCAAUUUGCGGCAGCAUCCCCUUGGCCUCCCCAUCUUCCAGAAGCAUGGUGCACUAUGCUUUGGCAAUGUACUUACGCGACUUACGCUGCAAUAUUAUUACUUCCAGGCUCACUGGGAUUGUUUCUGUCCUCCCUUAUUGCAACUUGCAUGGAUGAUAGGAAGAAGGCCUGGCUCUCGAACAUCUGCUCACUUCUGUUUAAUUUAGUGGCACUUUAUUUCCUUGUUAAGUGCUGAAAAUGUCACCCUUUGGUUCAGUCUCUCUGCAUUGUGCCCAACGCCACGAUCCCACAGGAUCAAUGCUGGGAAGGGAAAGAAUUUGAUAUGGCUGUUAAUCUCUCUCUAAGCAUUUGUCAGAGGUAUGCACAAGUGCUCUGUUACGUUUGCAUAUGGACAGCAUUUUGUAAAAUAGGAAACCAUUUAAAAUUUUGGAUUAAGAAAUUGUUUUAUAAGUAAUUUAACAUAUGCCAUUUUGCAUGUAGUAAAUCUAUUAUAAAACAUUACUUCAUUGACGCCAGUGCGCUGUAUACACAAAACUCUGCUUCCUGAGAUGCUAUGUCUUUUUAAUUUUAUUUUAGGCAAUUAAGGCAUAUCCUAGCAUGGAUGCUGUUGCGAGCCACAGCUGUCACCUUCUUCAGCAGCUACAUGAGCAACGCAUUCAAGGCCUUCUCUGUGACUGCAUGUUGGUGGUCAAAGGUGUUUGUUUCAAAGCGCAUAAAAAUGUGUUAGCUGCUUUCAGCCAGUACUUCAGGUAUGUUAAUGAAAACACUUCAGUGAAAGCAAUUAACAGUGCAGUUUAGGCCACAAACUUUGGUAUGUAUAGAAUUGUGUUCCAGAAAUAUAUAGGAGUGUUAUUUUUCUUAUAAAGUAGUUGUCUAGGUCUAGGAAACAAGUGAAAAGUGUAGACAUGGAAAUUGGGGCAGACAUCAAUGUCUGGCACAUGUGGUGUCACUGGUUAAUAAACAUGGAGAUGUUUCACAAUCCCAAUGAGGCUUGUGAUAGCCCCACACACUUUUGACACACUCCUCUGUGUGUGAGAACUGAGGAUGGAUGGAUGGAUUGACUGAUAAUUAUAUUGACUAGAUUCUGAAAAUACUUACAGCACAACAGCGGUGCCAACUUAAAUAAAAUAUGGGGCGGGCAGGUAAACCCUGCCCCACAUAAUCAGUCACAUGAUGUGGCUCACACACACCAUUUGAAUGUCAAUGCCCACCAACUGGGGGGGGCAGCCCCCUCAAAUAUUUUAUUAGGGGGCAAAGACCCCCCCCAGCCCCUAGGAGUUGGCUCCUACAGCAUCCAGAAUGUUUGUGUGUUGUAGCCUAAAUUACUAUAUUAUUCAUAUAUUUUUGCUAUGAGGACUGGCCGUUUUAAAUACGUGUAUGCAUUUUAAAGAGUUGUGCUUUUUCUCUCCUAGGACCCUGUUCCAAAAUUCCUCAGGUCAGAAGAAUGAUGUGUUGUACUUGGAUAUUAAAAAUGUUGGUGGCAUUGGCCAGAUCUUGGACUACAUGUAUACAUCUCAUCUUGAACUCAAUCAGGACAAUGUGCAAACGUUAUUGGAUAUUGCACAGUGUCUGCAGGUGCAGAAUGUUUUGAACAUGUGCCGCACCUUUUUGAAAAGCCCCACAGGUGUGGAGCAGCCCGCCGGUGUGCCUUGCAGCAGUGCCUUCUCGUUGCAAAACGCUUUGGCUGAAGAUACAAAUGGGGAGAGUUAUGGCGCUAGUUUACUGCCUGGAGGUUCAUCGACUGUGGAGCCGUGUAAAGUCCUGGAUAACUAUAACCCCCGUGGGCCGCAGCCUGUUUCACCUCACAUCUCAUCUGGUGAUGGAAACAAAGAGAAAGAGGGUUCCGUGGAGGCUAAUUGCACAGAUCUCUCACUUAAACAGCCAAAUUGUCAUUACAAACUCCGUAACUUUUAUAGCAAACAGUUCUACAAGCAAACCGCUUGUCCCAGCAACAAGAGAUCACCAGAGCCAUCUUUUGAUUUCAGUCCCUCCGCAGAACAAAGCACGGCCAAAAAUGCACCUUCCUGCACUAUCGGUCAUUCUGAAUGUGUUUUGGAAUCAUCUGAUCACUUACCAGCAAACUUUUUGGUUCAGCCCUUAAAUGAGAGCCCCGAGGAUCAGGAAUCGGAAGGCGCGUCUUUGCAGCCAAUCAAAGAGAUGAGGCUUAAAAAGGCCACACAUCUUAAAAAACUGAGUUUUCUAAGGUCUCAAAAGUCCCCUGAACAAUCUUCUGUGCUUAAAAUUGCUGAUGGAGAGUUUGCAAGGGAAAGUGAGGUGGAAAGCCAAAGUAGCACAAAAAGGGCAAAUGCUGAUGCUCUUGAAGGAAAAGAAGUUAAACGUCUAGUGAGUUCAGAAUGCUUGGAGGAAAAUGUUGAACUUGAGGCAUCUCAGGAAGCUUCUGAGGCAGGUGGCCAGAUGCAGACUUUCCUGCCGGAGAGGCAGUAUCCUUGUUCAUUGUGUGGGAAAGCUUUUAAACACCCGAGCAAUCUGGAGCUGCACAUAAGGUCUCAUACAGGUACAGUCAUUGAACAUUUCUAGGCUAAUUAUUAAUUACAAAACCAAAAGGCAGAUAGAAUCUAGUCUUCACAGCUGAAAGGGCACAGGGCACCUGCUACUCCGGUAAGGCCAGCCCAUCAAAUGCGCUUUCUGUGGAAAAGCAGACUAUAUAUUUAAUCUUUGCCAUAUAGUUAUGUAUGUCCCUUAUAAAAGCAAUGUGAUGGCUAGUCUGUGUCUGAUAUUUAUGCUUAUUAACACCUGCAAAAGAAAACUAUUGCAAAGGAAAAGAUAGCAGUUUGUAAAAAAAAUGCUGCUUCCUAUAUUUUCCUUUUCCCAUUCUGCCAGUGUGAUCUGACUCUGUCACUUUUACAGUGAGGCUAAAAUGCUUAUGGAAUCAGAUCAUCCCACCAGAUGGGGGGCUGUUUUUAGGAUCAGGGCGGCUUGCCUGCAAAUCCCAGCUUCCAAGGGGACUUGGAAGGCUGCUGAAGAUUAUAGUUCUGUGCCCACUUAGUUGUAAGUCCCAUUAAAUGCAGUAGGAGUUACUUCUGAGUAAACAUGUACUGGGUCAUGUUGUAAGUCAUCUCUCCUCCUGUCACACCUUACUCAAACAACAAUAUUGAGCUUCCUUAGGGGGUCUUUCAGAAGUAAGAUAGGAAUACCAGCCAUUACCUAAAUAAUGGUGAGGCACUAUUUGUAAGGUACAUAAUAUUUUAAAGAUGGUAUGCUCAAGCUAGGAUAAGCACUCAGAGAGGGCCUGUUGAUUUCAAAAGAAAAGUGAAGCCUGUGCUUAUUUUCUCCCCUCAAGGUGAGUGGAAUUUAAAGCUGGUUAGCUUUGUGUCCGGCGCAUAUGAAAUUGUUUAGGGCUUUCAAACAAUUAAGUAAUGUUUAGUUGGUUAGAAGGUGACUGCUAAAGCAAUCCAGUAAAAUAAUUUAUCUGCAUUACCCUUCUGGAAGUGGGAGCAACAAACCACGAUCUUUGGCUAAGCAUUACAUCCAAGCCAGUGAUCGUAGUUUAUCUGCAAACCUUGGUUGGUAAGCCAACAGCAAACCUUAGCUUCAUAUUCUAGUUUGCUUGGAGUGAAAUAAAUCACAGUCCCUGGUUCGGAUAUAGAACACUAAGCCAAGGAUUUUGGUUUACAAAGAAGUACCCAAAGCCAUUUGCACACUCCUGGGUAACUAUUAAUUAUGGCUUACCAUGAUGCGCAAAUAUUUUUAAAAAUGCAUACAUUUUGCGUUGCGUCAUUUCUUUAAAAAAAAAAAAAAAAGUAAAGUUGUCAGGGAACUGCCAUCGGAAGGAAGGGAGGUGAAAGGACUCAGACAGGUUGGAAGAGAUUCAGCAGCUGAAGAGGGAACCAGCAAGGGGAGAGAAGCUGAACUGAGGGAGGUGAAAGGGCUCAGACAGGUUGGAAGAGACUCAGCAGCGGAAGAGGAAACCAGCAGGGGGAGACAAGCUGAACUGAGGGAAAGGGAGCUGGGGGGAUGGCUCAGAGAUACUUCCAGCGAAAACAGUGGUGAGGUUUCCGGACCUCCUGUAGCGACACCCACUCCUCGCCGGAAACUGUCACGCAGAGAGUCCAGAAGACGUGUUUCCGUUAAGGAGCUUUUAUGUUGGAAGCGAUUACGAAAGCAACCACUGUCGGAAUCUUCUAGUGACUAAGAGGAGCCAUGUCAGAGGGGCUCAGUCACAGACAGAGGUUUGUGGACUUGAACAAACUCUGAGGGAAUACGAUUUUACGCACAAGCAGCUCAUAAUCCCAUCACAGCAUUCCGACAGUCUUUGAACGCAGCUUGUGCAGGAGACGGCAUAAUAAUGAGCAACCCAGCAGGAACCGGAGAAGCAGGGGCUGGAGCGGGUCCAAGCCUGGAAGAAAGGUACCGGGUGUUAGAGGUCCAGCUGGCGCUGCAGACGGCGAGGCUGGAGGAGAGGAGGGCUCAAGAUGCAGACAAAGGGAGAAAGCCACCCAGCUCGCCAGAAAGGUACCAGGAUUGGUGCAAAAAUUUGGGGGGGAGCCCAAAGACUAUCAUAGCUUUCGGACAGAAAUGCAAUAUGCCCUCAAUCUGCAGUUUGAUGAUUUCCCUGAUGAGGAAUCACGAGUGGCUUUUGUGAUUGGGCAUCUUGAAAAGGGGGCGAGAGACUGGGUUAGACCCCUGAUGGCAGCGAAUAGUGACGUCUUAAAAGACACGAUGAAGUUCUUUCGCGCCAUGGAUCUGAUGUUUUCCAGCGAUAUUGAAAAGGGAGUGGUGCGCAGACAGUUAAUGGCUUGCAAACAGGGGAGCCGAUCUGUACGUGAGUACUGGACUGAGUUCACCAUGCUGAUACACAGAUUGGGGUGGGACUUAUCGGCGGAACCCAUUCAAAUGCUCUUUGAAGAAGGGCUUUCUUCGGCUGUGAAAGAUGAACUUUCCCGGGCGCCCAGGGCGGAGUCUAUGGACCAGCUGACCAAAUCAGCGCUGGCCAUAGGAGCGCGCCAGGAGGCGAGAGCAUUGGAGAGGCGGGAAGGGAAAGGGGAACGUUGGAAGGAGUUCCGCAUUCCAGACAUUCCAGAGCCAACUGUCCCGCCGGCAGAGCCGAUGGAAAUCGGAACAGCGGCGCGCGCGCAGUUUCAAAGCCCAGUGAGGGGGAAAGAAGGAUGGAAAAGGCGCCCGGAAAUGCUAUCUCUGCCAACAGCCAGGGCACUUUGCCAGAGUCUGCCCUCAGAGGAAGGAAUGGCAAGGGAUGGUGGGAGCUGUGGAGGGAAGAGAGGAAAAAUACCGGAGCAACUAAAAGCCAACGCCUGGCUGCCAUUGUCGGGGCACAGCAGCCAGGCCAAAGAGCAGUGAAAGUGCCCACUCCAGAACCUCCUAAACCCGCCCUAGUGAUAGAAGUGACACUAGAGCUCCCAAACGGACACCCUCUAAAGAUAAAGGCGCUGUUGGACUCAGGCAGCUCCUGCAAUUUCAUGAGCAAAGAGUUUGCAGCUGAACACCAGAUACAGACGCUCCCUUUAAGCAACCCCUGCAGGUAACCACGAUCGAUGGCAGGGAGCUGUUGGGAGGAGAAGUCAGCUUGCAGACCGUCCCAAUGAUAAUGAAGGUGGCAAGGCACACUGAACUGAUAGCUUUUAAUGUGGCCACCUUGGGAGGAGCUCCCAUUAUAUUGGGGAUGAGCUGGCUAGCGUUACAUGAUCCGCUGGUGGGCUGGCAUCAGAGAGUGGUUUCUUUUGGGUCAGCACAUUGCUUAGAACAUUGCAAAGAGGGAAAGGUUUUGGCAGGGGCCCAAGCCACCCUAGCAGGGACUGAAGUGAAGGAGAACGUGAAGGUACCACGACAAUACGCAGAUCUCCGCGACGUCUUCAGCGAAAGGGAAGCUGACCAACUACCACCGCAUAGAGCCUUUGACUGUCAAAUCAAUUUGCUCCCUGGGGCACAGCUCCCUGUGGGCAAGCUGUACGCCAUGUCAGACAGAGAGAUGCAGGAGCUAAGAGAGUUCAUUGACAAGAACCUGAAGAGAGGGUUCAUCAGAGAGUCCAGGGCGGUGGGGGCAGCCCAGUGUUUUUGUGGACAAAAAACACGAACAAGCCGAGACUGGUGUGUGACUUCAGGGCCUUAAAUGCAGUGUCAGAACCAGUGGCCUUCCCGAUGCCCAGGAUUGACGACAUUUUGACAAGGGUGCGAAAGGGAAAGAUUUUCACCAAGCUGGAUCUAGGGGGGCGUACAACCUGAUACGAAUAAGGAAGGGGGAUGAAUGGAAAACCACCAUGUUCACCCCUUUAGGGGCAUUUGAAUACUUAGUUAUGCCCUUCGGUCUACAAGCAGGCUCCGCAACAUUUCAAUCGUUUAUGAACCACGUCCUGGGGCCGUUGCUUUACAAGAAUUGUGUGGCCUUCUUAGACGACGUGUUGGUGUAUUCUGAGAAUGAGGAGCAGCAUGUGAGAGACGUCAGAGAAGUGUUGAGCAGGCUGCAAGCCAACCAGCUGUGGGUGAAACUGGAGAAGUGUCAGUUUCAUACCAAGGAGGUGGAAUUCCUGGGGUAUCGCCUGUCUGACAAGGGGUUGGCCAUGGAUCCCGGCAAGGUCCAGGCGGUACUGGAAUGGAAAACACCCAAAACAAGGAAGGAUGUGCAGAGGUUUUUAGGGUUUGGGAACUUCUAUCGUAAGUUCAUCCCAAACUUUGCCCACCUGACGGCGCCCAUUACGGACUGUCUCAGCAGUAAGAAGAAGUUCGUUUGGACGGAGGAGGCGGAGCAAGCAUUUGAGGAACUAAAAGGGCCUUCGCCUCGGAACAACAGCUCCUGCAUGUGGAUUUACAAAAACCGAUGAGAGUGGAAACUGACGCAUCAGACAGAGCGGUUGGGGCGGUGCUUCUCCAGCCAGGGAAGGAGGAGUCAGAGUGGAGACCGUGUGCAUUUUUUUCGCGAAAGCUGAACAAAUCCGAGAGGAACUACACGGUGUAUGACCGAGAACUACUAGCCAUUCAUGAGGCGUUCCGGAGAUGGAGGCACCUGCUAAUUGGCGCACAACAUAAGGUGCAAGUGUGCACUGACCACAAGAACCUAGAGUAUUGGAGGACGGCACGAGUGCUCAACCAACGGCAAGUGAGAUGGGCCCAGGAAUUCUCCAAAUUUAACUUUGAGAUUUGUUACGUGCCAGGCCCAGAGAACAUUAGGGCGGACGCUCUCUCACGCAAACCUGAAUAUUGGGAGGGGGAGGGAGCACCCGAAGAGAGACAUGUCAUUCCAGAGGACCGCUGGGUGUGUGGGGCGGCAUUGGUGGGACAAAGAGAACUGGUAGAAGAAACAGAGAAUGAUGAAUACGCCCAGAAUAAGCUCAGAGGUCUUAGGGAUGAGGGAGAGGAAUCAAGGGGUUUCGAGGAAAGAAAUGGAGCUUUGUAUUACAAAGGGGCACUGUAUAUCCCUGAAGGAGACUAAGGGGGAGGGUACUCAAGCAGUUGCAUGACAGCCCCACGGCGGGGCAUUUUGGGCAACACAAAACCAUGUGGUUGGUCACCAGGGAAUUUUGGUGGCCUAAGGUGAGGGAGGAUGUACGUGAGUAUGUAAGAGGGUGCGAGCAGUGCCAGCGAGCCAAAGGGGAAAGGCGGGCGCCGGCGGGGCUAUUAGAACCCUUACCAACACCAGAACGACCUUGGGAGGCAGUGUCGAUAGAUUUUAUGACUGAUCUGCCGAAGUCCAAAGGGAAAACAGCCAUCAUGGUGGUGGUAGACCUACUAACAAAGAUGUGCCACUUUGUAGCUUGCUCGCAUGCAGUCACGGCGGAAGAGACAGCGAAGUUAUUUGUAGAACACAUUUUUAGGUUGCACGGGGUGCCAUUGAGGGUGGUCUCAGACCGAGGAAAACAAUUUACUUCCAGGUUCUGGAGGAAGCUCAUGAGCUUACUGCAGGUGGAGGUCAACUUUUCGACUGCCCGGCACCCUGAAACCAACGGGCAGGCGGAAAGAGCAAACGGUGUCCUCCAGCAAUACCUGAGGUGUUAUGUCAAUGACAGAGAGAAUGACUGGGUAGAAAAGUUGGCGCUGGCGGAAUUUGCCUACAACAAUGCCGAGAAUGUGUCCACAGGGAUGAGCCCCUUCUUGGCUAAUUAUGGGUGUCAUCCCAGGGCUUUCCGGAGAAGGGGAGAGAUGGAGCGUACCGGCAGCCGAGCAUUUUGUAGAAGAAAUGGAAGCAAUCCACCGUCAGCUCCAACUCAACUUAGAAAGGGCGAAGGAAGAAUACAAGAGGCAGGCAGACAAGAACCGAAGGGAAGGUGAAACCAUAAGGGUUGGAGAUAGGGUGUGGCUGUCAACCCGAGGGCUGCCGCUCAAAGGAGGUUGUAAGAAAUUACGACCCAGGAGGUUGGGUCCCUUUGAGGUCAUUCAACAGGUCAACCCAGUGGCUUUCAGGCUCCGGUUACCCAACCACAUGAAACUGCACCCAGUAUUUCACAGGUCGUUACUGUCACCGUACGAGGGGGGACGAGAAGGGAUGGACACUCGGGACCGGUCAUAGAAGAAAGAGAAUGCAGCAGUCAUGUGGCAGAAAUCCUUGAUGCCAGGUGGAAGGGGAAUCAGGUGGAGUAUUUGGUAGCGUGGGAAGGAGAACCGGAGUCAGAAAACACGUGGGUAAUGGCCAAAGAUAUCAAUGACGAGGUAUUGAUAGAAAUGUUCCAUCAAAGGUUCCCGCGGAAACCUCAGCCUGUGGAGAGGUUCCGGAGGGAAUACUUUGGGACCACUGAGGAGGAGGAGGAGUUGGAAGGAUUCCCAGAAUCGGAAGGGGAAGGGGAGAUGGACUCGGAGGAGGAGGAGUGCUUCGAGACCAGGAACCGCAACAGGUGGAGAGAAGUGUUCGAGACAUCGGAAGAUGAAGGAAGUUCAUUCCGGGUUUUGCCUCCUCACCGCCCGUAGAGGAGGGGGCGAGAGGGGGUGAAGGGGGCCCUGGAGGGGAGGUGGAUGUCAGGGAACUGCCAUCGGAAGGAAGGGAGGUGAAAGGACUCAGACAGGUUGGAAGAGAUUCAGCAGCUGAAGAGGGAACCAGCAAGGGAGAGAAGCUGAACUGAGGGAGGUGAAAGGGCUCAGACAGGUUGGAAGAGACUCAGCAGCGGAAGAGGAAACCAGCAGGGGGAGACAAGCUGAACUGAGGGAAAGGGAGCUGGGGGGAUGGCUCAGAGAUACUUCCAGCGAAAACAGUGGUGAGGUUUCCGGACCUCCUGUAGCGACACCCACUCCUCGCCGGAAACUGUCACGCAGAGAGUCCAGAAGACGUGUUUCCGUUAAGGAGCUUUUAUGUUGGAAGCGAUUACGAAAGCAACCACUGUCGGAAUCUUCUAGUGACUAAGAGGAGCCAUGUCAGAGGGGCUCAGUCACAGACAGAGGUUUGUGGACUUGAACAAACUCUGAGGGAAUACGAUUUUACGCAUAAGCAGCUCAUAAUCCCAUCACAAAAGUGAACCAGAAAUCCCUGAUUAUUGUUUGGCUGAGAAAGGCCAGAAUUCAGACCUGUCAGUUGAUCAAAGAGUUAAAAAGCAAAAUGACUACUUGGUGUAUGUGGAAGGAAAUGGCUGUAAAAUGACUUCAAGAUGCUUCCUUCAUUCUAACUUAUUGUGGAAGCUUGAAGCUCCUGUGCGCACACACAAAGCUCUCCUGUUCAGAGGAGAUUUCCAAUCGCAUCUAUUAAGGAGACACUAUUCUGUGCUGUGUGUCAGCCUGAGGCAAACCACCUGCAUUAUUAAAUGGAGGGAUCUUCUUAUUAUUUUAUUUUUGAAUUUCACUUUUAUACAUGUCAAUAAUUUUACAAGGCAUCUUAACAUGCAGAAAUAAUUAGUACUGUUGAGCAAAAAAUCAACAAGCCAUUAACUGGGAAGCAGCUCUAGAGCUGUUCUUCAAGCUUUGGUGAAAAUUCUGUGCUCAGGCGUUUAUGAAUUAUAGUUAAGCAAAGUAGCUAAUGUAAAAUAUAGCUUGUUGGCAACUGUUCUGAAUUUUUUUUUAUAUGCCAGCUUCAAACUUCUGUACAGCAUAAAACAUUAUUGCUUCUUCUUUUAGGUGAGAAGCCAUUUGAAUGUAACGUUUGUGGCAAAUGUUUUUCACAGGUAGGUGUUUGAGUCUGCUUUUGUUGACAUGCCACUCACCAAGUCGACACUCACUCACAUUGCUAUAUGUGUAGUCCUGUAGGAACUGUGGAGAAGAAUGUUUUCCAUCUCUUUAAUACUUGAAAAAAAUCAAUGUUUUUCUGUUUGCCAUCCCCAUCCUCCUUGAGCUUAAUGCUGAGAUGUUUUUGAGAGCAUUAGUCAUCCAAGAUAUUCAGGUCUGAAAAACAUUAGGUCCAUGAAAUCCAGCUCCAGUUAAUUUCUCAGUCCUAAAUAUGAUCCUUUUAUUAUUUUUGUGUUUCAAACCCCAGAGCUCUGAGCAGAAUUCAGAUUGGAUCAUACGAUUGGACUUGGGGCUCUGAGAGCUGGUACAAUGAUGCCACUGUCCCCUUGCUCUAGAGUUGACCCUUCCCCUAUAGCAAAGGAGGUAGACAAGUCCCAGCAAGGGGCUUUUCAUGCAGGUAAGAGAUUGAGAAACCUCUUCUCACCCAUAACUUCAAAUAAAAGCACAAUAAUGCUCUGGUGUAAGGGAGGAGCCAGGGAGUUUUCCCCUCUGGUGUACACACAAUACAUGUUGGUACCUCUUUCGGCUCAAGAAAAUUGCCAGCCUCUAGUCUUUGGAUUAGGGACGCAGGUGGCGCUGUGGUGUAAGCCACUGAGCCUCUUGGGCUUGCCCAUCGGAAGGUUGGCGGUUCAAAUCCCCGCGAUGGGGUGAGCUCCCGUUGUUCGGUCUCUGCUCCUGCCAACCUAGCAGUUCGAAAGCACAUCAAAGUGCAAGUAGAUAAAUAGGUACCACUCCGGCGGGAAGGUAAACAGCGUUUCCGUGUGCUGCUCUGGUUUGCCAGAAGCGGCUUAGUCAUGCUGGCCACAUGAAAAACUGUCUGUGGACAAAUGCCAGCUCCCUUGGCCAGUAAAGCGAGAUAAGUGCCGCAACCCCAGAGUCGUUCACGACUGGACUUGACUGUCAGGGGUCCUUUACCUUUACGUCUUUGGAUCAUCAACCUGGUGCCUGCGGAUGGCACGGUGUCUGCAAAAGCCUUCAUUGGUGCCCCAGGGAAGGGGGUCCAGACUCUGAGCUUUACUUUCUAUAAAAAAAAAGUCUCUAGUCCUUCUAGAAAGUAAAUUCUGAAACAAAACAUGUAGAUUAGGGUUGCCAUAUUUCAAAAUGUAAAAACCAGGACACCCUGAAAGUUGUUGAGGAAAGUUUUCGGGAAAGCCCCAGAAUUGUUGAGCUUUUUAAAGACAAACCCCAAAGUUUGCAAAAAUGCAAAAAAAAACCAACCCAAAAAAACCCAACCACAAUUUUUAGAUUAAUUUGCCUAAGAUCCAGGACAAAGUGCCACCUUUCGGAAAUUCCCCUGGACAUCAAUUCUGCCUUUGAAAUCCCAUUAAUGUCUGGGAGAAUCCAAAUAUAUGGCAGCCCUAGUGUAAGUACCCUUCUAAGUGAUUUCUGUGAAAUAUACCAGCCUGGCUGCUCCUGCCUGCCAGCGUUUUUGUCCAAUGACUAAAGGCAGAGCGGUGAUUGAUAUGUGAGUUGGUUUGACACCAGGCAGUAGGAAUCCCUGGGUUCCUAAGCUGCUCUUGUUCCCCCUCCAUUCAUUGAACUUGUCCAUUUUCCAAGCAUGGGAAUCUCCGUAGUUUUCCUUCCUCCUUCCUUCCUUCCUUUCUAGCAACCACAACGAAUAUUUCUGUGGCUUGAGGUAUGGUAGUUCCUAGGAGUUAUUUCCUGCAAAUACUGCAACACAAGAGGUGUGGGUGGGUGUUAAAAAUAAUCUUUCUCCUCCAAAAAGGCAAAUGUGAAAACUUUGCACAGAAACUUAGGCAUGUCUCCUGCCAUGCGCGAGUUAAAGAGCAGGCACGCAUUUAGAAUUUACAGUGCAGUGGUACCUCGGGUUAAGCACUUAAUUCGUUCUGGAGGUCCGUUCUUAACCUGAAACUGUUCUUAACUUGAAGCGCGACUUUAGCUAAUGGGGCCUCCUGCUGCCGCCGCGCCGCCGGAGCACAAUUUCUGUUCUCAUCCUGAAGCAAAGUUCUUAACCUGAAGCACUAUUUCUGGGUUAGAGGAGUCUGUAACCUGAAGCGUAUGUAACCUGAAGCGUAUGUAACCCAAGGUACCACUGUAUACUUAACUUGAGCUACAACUGCUUACAUGUCUACUCAGAAGUAAGUCUUUGUGAUUAAUGGGGCUUGCUCCCAGAUAAAAAUGGGGACAGGAUGGCAGGUCUUGGCUUAGGGUUGACAAUGAGGAGGGAGGGAAGACUUCUUGUGCCUUUAACAGCUGUGUGGAAUAUUCAACAGGUUCAGCAAUUUUUUGAAUGGAAACAGAAUUAUGGGCAAAGCAUCCGCAUGACUGUUCUUGUUCUGUUUUUGUGUUAUGCCCCCUUGGCAGCCACUUUGUGACUGGGGAAGCCCUAGCAUUCUCUCAAAAUUCAACAUGCGCCUGCUGGACCAAACGUUUGGCGAUCCCCAGUGUAGUCUAAAUAGCAGCACUGAUCCUACUAGCAGAAGACUUUGUUUUUGAAGUGUCAUAGUUCAGUAAAGUGCAAUCCUCAUUUCCAGUCGUAAACUUUUACCAAUAUCACCUAUUUGGUUAGUUCGGCUGCUAAAAGUGUUUCUUCUCUUUGUAGGCAGGUAAUCUUCAAACGCAUUUACGGCGGCACUCGGGUGAAAAACCUUACAUCUGUGAAAUCUGUGGGAAAAGGUUUGCCUUUCAUUUUUGUAUUUUAAAAUGUGUAUUUAUUUUUUGCGUUACAAGAUUGUGCAAGAUAAAUCUUAAAACAUGACCGAAAACAGGUCUUUAGAGGGGGGUAAAAUCCUAAACAUAUUAUUUUACAGGACAGUACAUAAUAAUGAGGUAGUUACAGUAAACCAGUUCAAUGAAUUCUUCAAUAAAUCAACUUGGAAAAUAUAGAAUAAUAGGAAUGAGCUCAUGAGUAGUGCCACACUGAGCUGCUGAUUUACGUUAAGAAGUUCUAAACCAUAUUGCAAUAUAUAUCGCAGGUAUUUCUCAUCCGUAUGUUGUUUUAUUUGUAUAUCUAAUAAAAUUAUGCCAUAUAGUGUAAAAAUCAGAUUUUUUUCCUCUCCCCUUGCGAUUUUUGUAAAAACUUUUCCAUUACAACUGUUUGCCAGAGUAUAUUCCAUUCCAAUGAUAAAACAAUAAAUAUUCAUUAAUUGUAAGGUUUUCCAGGUUCUGGCUACUACCGUUCUAGCUGCUGUUAAUAGAUGUGUUAUUAAAUCUUUACUUCUUAAUUGGUCCAUAUUAUUCAUAUAAUAGUCUCAGAGUUAUUAUUUUUUAUUAUUGUUUAUUAAACUUGUAUACCGUCCUAUACCCACAGGUCUAAGGGCAGUCCAGUGGGAUUGCCCACUGAGAGAUCUCUUUUAAAACUUCCAUUCAAAAUUGUUCUAUUUGUGGACAUGUGGUAAAAAGUUUUUAUAACUGUGGAGUUCAUAAAUUACUAUUAUGAUACAGUACAGGGAUGCAUUCGGGUGUCCUGUUCCCAGUCUGCCAAACUGUGCAACACUUGUCUGCCUUUAAUGGCGGCUUCCUCAUUGUCUUAAACCUUUUCAAAUGGAUGUGGUGGUUUCAAACCACAAUUGCAAAACAGGGGUGAAUUGUGGUUGUUGAUCCUGGUUUGGGAGGGAAUUGCUCAGAAUGCAGUUUUCUAGUCACAGAAAUGGGUUUGAGGACAUCAGGCGGUCUUUUGUUGAGGUCGGAGUGGGAGUUGAGAAAAAGUAGUUCUUGAGCUCCUUGGGGGUUUUGAUUCCUCCAAACACUUUGGGAAUGUGAUGUCUGAAUGCGGCCACUGUUGCAUUACUGCAGUAACUGCUCUAGAAUUUGUUGAACCUAAAUAUAUACCUGGAGGUUGGGGGGUCUGCAUCUCCUUUUCUUCUUUUUCAUUUUUAACAAUACAGUCAUACCUCAGGUUGAAUGUGCUUCGGGAUGAGCGCGUUCAAGUUGUGCUCCACGGCAACCCGGAAGUAACUGAGCAUGUUACUUCCGGGUUUCGCCGCUUGCACAUGCGCAGACGCUCAAAAUGAUGUCACGCGCAUGCGCAGAAGCAGCGAAAAGCGACGCAUGCGAACGCAGAUGUGCCGUCGCUAGUUACGUUUGCUUCUAGAUGCGAACGGGGCUCCGGAACAGAUCCCGUUUGCAUCUAGAGGUACCACUGUACCGUUAAAAACCUACAGUAUUGUUAUUGCUUCAUUCCGUUUAUCAAGACUGUAUGUCAACUUCUGAGUGAGUGCAGCCUAAAUAAUUGGCUAGAGAAAUAGCAGUCCACAGUAGCACUGUUUUAACAUUUAUAUCUGCAGGAGAUUUCUGGCAGCAUCUGACAUGAGAUGGUGCUUUAUAUUUCACAACUGCAUCUGUCCAGCACUUUUAGCUUUGACUAUAAUCGAGGGCUGAGCGUAGCAGCUUCCACUGUGACACAUAGCUCCAAUUCGGUCAGCUUCCAGCGAGACAAACCACUGGUGUGCUCACAGCACUGCAGGAAUGUGAUUGUUUGAGCCAACAUCUCCUGGUGGGAAUUGCAGGCGUGGCCCUUUCCAUUCGUGGCAUCAUGAGGGCCAGAAAAGGACAGACCCUGUGGAGGUGCUAAAUCGAUGCUGUGCUGCAAUUCCUCCUAGGAAGCCUGACAUACUUGUGCAGAUGAUUGUAUCAACACUUUCAGUUUUAGAAUAAGCAGCACAGCUGUGAAAAGGCGUACAGUGGUACCUCGGGUUAAGAACUUAAUUCAUUCUGGAGGUCCGUUCUUAACCUGAAACUGUUCUUAACCUGAAGCACCACUUUAGCUAAUGGGGCCUCCUGCUGCUGCAGCGCCGCCGGAGCACAAUUUCUGUUCUCAUCCUGAAGCAAAGUUCUUAACCAGAAGUACUAUUUGCGGGUUAGCAGAGUCUGCAACCUGAAGCGUCUGUAACCUGUGGUACCACCGUAUAAGGUUUAUAACCAAACUGAAGGGACCUUUUAAAUUCCUGUUCCAGGUUUGCUGCAUCCGGAGAUGUCCAACGCCACAUCAUUAUUCACACUGGAGAAAAGCCACACUUGUGUGAUAUUUGUGGUCGAGGUGAGUUGGAGCAUAUCCUCCAGAUGUAAUCGUUGGGGAUGGGCCACAGCUCAACAGCGGAACAUCUGCUUUGCAUGCAGAUUGUGCCUGAUUCAGUUACUGGCUUUUCCAGGUGAGUGCUGGGAGAGUUUCCUCCCUGGAGCCUGGAGAGCCACUUCUAACCUGUGUAGAUAAGGCAUGAGCUAGAUAGAAGGAUGGUCUGUCUCAGUGCAAGGCGGCUUCCAGUGUUCCUGGUCUGUGGAAAGACCUCAUUCACAAGCCCUCUAGAGGCAACCACUGAUCAGCGUACAUCAGAAUGAUGUGCCAUCACGCAUGCAGCGCCAAACCUAGAAGUGACUCGGAAAUGUCAUUAAACAUGUCACUAAAAGGGCAGAACGGGGCAGGGUGCAGAGAGGCCCAGAUGUGGCAUAGGUUCCCCUACUUGGUGUGUCUCUCCUCAGCCCAAGCAAACCCCACCCAUAACUUGAAUCAUGGUCCUGCUAACCUGCAGCAGUUGGCAAUCUUGUGCCAUGACUAGUAGGAGCAGACCUGUCAGUCCAAGGGGCUGGUGACAUCCCAUAUGUCCCAGAGCUGCAUCGGCGUAAUGGAGCCAUUUUGUGGCUUGCACCCUGUGAGCAACUGUCCUGUGUCUCUGUCCUUCUAGGAUUUAGUAACUUCAGCAAUUUAAAGGAACACAAGAAGAACCAUAGAGUCGAGAAGGUGUUCACCUGCGAUGAGUGUGGAAAAUCAUUUAACAUGCCCAGAAAGUUAGUAAAGCACAGGAUCAGGCACACUGGAGAGAAACCGUACAGCUGCUCUGCUUGUGGUAAGUCUGUGCUUCAAUUUAUAUAUAGGAAUAUCAUUUAUUUGUGUAGCCAAAAGAUAAAAUGCAUAAAACAGAGUAAAAUACAUUACACAGUUAAAAUAAUCAGUAAACCAAGCAUUCUGUCCGAUAAGAGUUUGCUCCCCUGAAAAAUUUAAUUUAUCACCCCCACAAAUCGCCACUCUAAAGAUAAAACAAGCCACUUUUUCAAAAGUGUAGCGGGACAUACUCAGUUUGGAAAAAAUAUAAUAAAUGGUUGUAAGUGCUUCUUUCUUGCUCUUGUGGGUUUUCUGAGCACAGAAAUAAUGAUGACUGAAUUCAGCAGUUCCCCUCCCCGGAUUCAUAAGACUUUGCUUUGGCAAUGUUUUGUUCCCGUGGAAUUUCCCACCUAUAAUGAUAGCCUCUUUGGCUUAAACAAUAAAAAUGAUUCCAUCCGCAAUAGGGCUGCAUGCAAGCUUAGCUGCCUUCUGGCGCAAGGCCUUCUGCAUUAAAAGACAGGUGAGUUUUAGUAUUGUACAACAGAGGACUCCAACCAAACUGUGGUUAUUGGAAACUCAUUGUGCAACAGACGGUGCACUCUGUUGUGCAACAAAGCUACCAGUAGCUUGCUUAUGCAUUCUCUUGUGCAACAGCAUUCUGCACGGAACAUUUCACCAGCGGAAUAAAUUUACCGCAUUCACUAUACAGUAGCUAUUGCCAUUUAACCAAUACAGUAGCUAUUGGUUAGAGUGGUUGCUCAGAGCGAUGAAUCUCCUUAGCAGACAUGCAUCUACAGGCCAUUGAACUCUGGAAUGAUCCUAGAAGUGUAGAAGCACAGAUGCCUGGAGCACAAAUAUCAAGGAAAACGAUAGGAUACAUGUCUGCGGUUGCAAGAGUGAUGGUAGGGUCAGUUAGAACCCACACACCAGCACUGUAGGUGUUACGCACUUUCAAGCGGGAAGUAUUAUUGAUCCUGGUGAACUCUUCACAUCUGUAUUGUUAUACUGAGGAAGGAAGGUUUUAAGUAUGUAUUUUGUAUUCUUAUUUUGUAUUUUUCAGUUGUGAACCACCCUGGGGUCUUCAGAUGAAGGGUGGUAUACAAAUUUUAAUAAUAAUAAUAAUAAUAAUAAUAAUAAAUUAAAAAAGAUUCCUGAGUGACUUUAACUUAAUGCUGUGUUGAAUACAUCCCACAGUUAUCUAAUAGUAAUUUCUGUUAUUGAAAAAUAUACGAUACAUUAUUUCAGCUAAGGAAUAAUACAUGGGCAAAAUAAUUAAAUGCUCCACCGCGUGUAAAACUGAUGGACAGCACAGCCUUAAUAAAAAAAGCAGGUUUCUAGAACCUAUUGCAUAUGCCAUCAAUUGGACACAUUUAACAGCACAUGGGACCCAGGUAACAGCAAACUCCAAGAAAUACUAGACACGCUAAUUAUUCAUUUGUAGCACAUACACAAGACAACUGAUACCUGUUGGGAGAUACCAUUUCCAAAUAACCUUUCUUGUUUUACAGGAAAAUGCUUUGUGGGGUCUGGCGACUUACGGCGACACAUCCGGACUCACACCGGGGAAAAGCCAUAUAACUGUGAGACCUGCAAUAAAGGCUUCAGUCGCUCUGCCGUCUUGCGUCGGCACAAAAAAAUCCAUUGCAAAGUUGGCAACAGUGGUCCAAAUACACUGGAUGACUUUUCCCAGACAGUAGAAAUAUCUGAACUUGAGAAGCCCCAGAGCUCAGACUCAUUUGCCCAAGAAAUAUCCGUAACUUUAUUGCCAGUGUCAGUGAAGUUUCCCAUCCACCCAAACGGAAAUUCGGCCACUGAAUUUGACAGCCCUGGGGCAACAUUCCGCAAGGCACGACCCACCGCGCAACAGAAUGAGUGUGCAAACCAACAGAAAUUGAGCUUGGAGCCUGUUAAACUCUGCAAAUCUCAGCAAAGACCUAAUCGGACAUGCUAUUAUAAAGGCGUGGAUCUACCCCCUGAGGAGGAACCUCUGCAAUCUGAAGGCAAUUCCAUGACUCAGACUUCCAUGACUACACUGGGCAGCGGUUGCAGCAGUGAGCUGAGUAGUCGUGCGUCUUCUGCUGAAUACAGAAACAGUGAAGGACCAUUUUUCUCCAGUGUGACCCUCUGGGGUUUGGCCAUGAAGACGCUACAGAAUGAAAGUGACCUGGGCCAGUGACAAGUUCGCCUUAUGGUUUGUCGUCUUAAUAAAUGAAUAAAAACAAACAUUUGUACCGUGCACUGAACUAUUCAAAGUGCUUCCUGUACAGUGCUUUAUAAUCCUCACAACAGCCAUAUAAUAUAAGGUCAAUCCCAUUAUCCUCCUUGGAGUUCCUUCAUGGAGUUGACCUGGGACAGCUCAGUCCGUAGAGCAGGGGUCAGCAAUCUUUUUCAGCAGGGGGCCGGUCCACUGUCCCUCAGACCUUGUGGGGGGCCGGACAGCAUGGGGGGGAAUGAUGCAAGAGCACCACGAGACCCGGUG